GCCAGCACAACCCGGAGUCGUGAGCAUGGCGGCGGCCGCCCGGCACUUGGGCAGAGUUUUGAUACAUCACCAGAGACAAAGCAUUUCCAAGACGGCUUACCAUGCAUCCCGCCCUCCUUGUUUUGUCGGCUUUCUGGUGCCCAGCAGACAUUUUGCUGCUGCUGCUGCGAAGUCUGCAAAGAAAAAAAAAGAUCCCAAAGAAAAAACACCAGAUGAAAAAAUUGACGAAAUAGAAAAAAUAAAGUCAUGCACCUAUAUGGACGACGAGCCAGAAGAUGAUGUUUAUUUAAAACGCUUAUACCCACGGCAGAGAUAUGAGGUAGAGAAAGCUGUUCACCUACUUAAGAAAUUUCAAAUUCUGGACUUCACGUAUCCAAAGCAAGGUGUUUAUCUUGAUUUGACACUGGAUAUGGCAUUGCAGAAGAAGAAAAAAGUGGAGCCAUUUGCCAGUGUUGUUAGUCUUCCGUUCCCAUUCAUAUCAGAAAUCAAUAAAGUUGCUGUAUUCACUGGGAAUGCAUCAGAGAUGAAAAUAGCAGAAGAAAAUGGAGCUGCAUUUGCAGGAGGAACUAACCUGGUUCAGCAGGUUUUGGCUGAUGAAAUUCAUGCAGACUUUUAUGUAGCAGUUCCAGAAAUAAUGCCGGAGCUUAAUCCACUGAAGAAGAAACUAAAAAAAAAAUUUCCAAAGCAUACCCAAAAAUCUGUUAGCCGUGAUAUCCCCCAAAUGCUUGAAUUAUUUAAAACUGGACAUGAAAUUGAAGUUGAUGAAGAAAGAGAAAAUUUUCUUCAGACCAAAAUAGCAACACUGGAUAUGUCAAGUGACCAGAUAGCUGCCAACCUGCAAGCCAUUCUCAAUGAUGUUUGUAGGCACAGGCCGCUGAGUUUAGGACCCUUUGUGGUACGUGCUUUUCUUCGUAGCUCAACAAGUGAGGGUCUGUUACUGAAGAUUGAGCCUUUGUUGCCGAAGGAAGUGGAAACCAAAGAAAGCAAACAAGUUGCCUAAAUGUACUGACUUUUGAUGUUAUUUUCAGUGGAUUAAGAAGCAACAGAGGAAAUUAUAAAACUGCAUAAUGUCUGAGUUUGGUGUUUUCUUCUUAUUUCUUGACCAUUAUAGCUGGAAGUGAAGUUUAACACCAAACAAUCUACAAUCAUUUCAAAUAUAGGAAAAUAAAUUUUUUCUGUUUAAACCUA